GUUGCAGAAGAACCUGACUGUGGUGUUGGUCUCUUCCCUUGACUUGGCUGGAUUUCCACUUGAUCAUGGAGGCGAUUGCUGGGAAAGUUCUUGUGGUUCUUCUGGUGGUACUGUCAGGUGUUCUUCAAAGUGAAUCUUCUUCAGGUACUAGAGGGAACAUCAUCGCAAAUAAGAUGCCUGCAGGGUCAGUAACUAAUCUCCUUGGAAAUAUCUCACACUGUCAACAUAUUGCAAUGCUGAAUGUGUCAUCAUUCUACCAGAGACUGCAGCGCAGGGUGGCAAAAAGCCGCCAAAAGAGAGACUGGAUCAUCGACACCUUCACCCUUCAAGAAGAGUUGCCUGGGCCUUACCCCAAACUAAUCGGCACGGUGAAACUGGAAGAAGGAAAUGAGCUUUUAUAUAAGCUGCAGGGGAGUGGGGUGGACGAAGAUCCCAAAGGACUUUUCCAUAUAAAUGAAGACACUGGGUCGAUUUAUGUGCACCAGAAAGUAGACUAUGAAAAAUACCCUAUAUUCCAAUGGAAGUUCAAUGCAAUCAACAAAACUUCUAUGAAAGUGGGUACAAGACUUGGGAUUCAUCUGAAGAUUGUGGACAUCAAUGAUAAUGCCCCCGAGUUCAAAAACAAGACUUAUUAUGUAUCAGUUAAUGAAAGCACUUUGCAAGGUUAUACAAUUUUCACUUUGCUGGCCUAUGACCAGGAUGAAGAAAGCAGCAAGAACUCUAUUGUCAACUAUUACCUGAGGUCACAAAUGCCUAUCGAUCCCAAUGUCGAGUUCACCAUUAACAAAGACACAGGUUUCAUCUCCUUCAAAGGUUGCUUAAAUUAUGAGGCUAAUAGGAAUUACAAGCUGUUGAUUGAAGCCCAGGACAAUGGUGUGGAAACACGACAGAGCAGCACCUGUGAGGUCAAUGUCGAGGUGUUGGAUAAGAACACCCAAAUUCCAAAGUUGUUACAGCAAGAUCUACGUGCUGAAGUGCCUGAGCGAGAUGCCAAUGUAACCAUAUUACGAAUUGGAAUAAAUGAUGGGGAUACCCCAUAUACCCCAGGAUGGAGAGCCAAAUUUACUAUCAUUGAGGGAAAUGAUGAUGAACACUUCUUAAUUUCAACAGACCCAGUGACAAAUGAAGGUCUUCUUAAUGUGACUACGGCUUUGGAUUAUGAAGAAAGCAACCUGAAAAAUCUUGUCUUUACGGUUGAAAAUGAAGAACCAAUUUAUACUUGCAAAAUCUUACAGAAGCCCUUUAAAGGAUUAUGGGUUGUAGAGUCAUCCAAAUCUGAAACACAAAAGGCCAAACAGAAGGCCGGGAUCACGGUCGAUGUCCUAGAUGUAAAUGAUGCUCCAGUAUUUAAACCUCAGACCAUCCUGGUUACUUUAGAGGAACAGUCGAUUCCACCUGGGACUGUGCUGGUGACCAUUCAAGCUAAAGAUCCUGAUAUAGUUGCACCCAACAAAAUCAAGUACUUUUUGGCUAAUGACUCUGCAAACUGGUUAAGUCUGAAUGAAGACACUGGUGUCAUCACCACUAAAGGAGAGCUGGACAGAGAACAUGAAAAUGUAACAAACAGCAAGUAUUUGGUGAAGAUUCUGGCAGUGGAUGACGGGGAACCACCAAUGAGCGGUACGGCCACCCUACUUAUUAAUCUAAAGGACAUUAAUGACAAUGUUCCAAAACUGCUGAAUCCCUUGAUAAUGACCUGUGACAACGAGGAGGAGGCUUUUCUUAGCACACCCAUUAUCGACAAAGACCUGAAACCCUAUUCCGGACCCUUCUACGUCCAUGUCGCAGACAAAGAGCCCGAGAAGAAACCCAUUAAACUUAUAGACUAUGAUGAUGAUAUCCUCAAGAUUAAGAAGGAAAAAGGUGCUCCUCAAGGAAACCACACCAUACAUCUGGAAAUAUAUGAUCUUCAAGGUGUUCAAUCUUUGGAGAACAUCACUGUGUAUGUGUGUGACUGCUUGGGGGGUGAUGUCUGUGCUGAAAAACUGGCUGACCCACCAACCCUGAGUGGAGGCGCCAUCGCACUACUACUGUUGGCUCCAGUGUUCUUCCUCUUACUAUGCCUCCUGCUGUGCAAGGUAGAAAAUAAGAAAGUCAUGGUGCCUGUGGAAAAUGAGCCUCUCAACUCAAUGAUUACAUACAACGAGGAAUCGGAGAACAAGGACUGUCUGGCUACAAAUGUAUCAAAUGAAGUUGGAAAUAUGACCGAUACCAAAACCAAAGACCAGGAGGAGAUUGACUCAGCGUUCCACAGAUCCAGUACUAGAAAAUAUUCGACUUCUGCCCAGGCUAGGGCAAGAGUGGGUCGCUCCAACAGUGUACAGGUCCAUACUUUUAGAAAUCAAGACGGAAACCGAGUAGGAACAGGAACUUUCGAUCGAGCAAACAGGCUCCGCCAUUCAAGCUUUCACAGUGGAAGAGCACAUAUGAGCAUUCAAAGAGCUAACUCCUUGAGAAUUCAGACAAAUGGCGGACAUCGUUCUUUGGCGGCUACUCACAAUUCUUUACAAAGAAAAUAUUCCAGGACUCUGGAGACAGCAUUAAUAAAGAAACUACAUGCCGAGAUGAAUGUACAAAACCUGUACAAACCGCGAGUGUAUGCUGAGGAAGGAGAACUUUCUCAAGCUUCUUCUCUGGAAGCCAUCAGCAUCUCAGACAGUAGUGUCAACCUAUCAGGUCUUCAGAGCUUUGGGUCCAAGUUCAACAUUCUAGAGAACAUUUGUGAAGACCACAUGGCAAAUCUUUCCACUAGUGUUUCCCCAACUGAUCUUUAAACAGAGAAAGAUGGUUUGUCGUGAAACCAAAUUAGUUAUCUUAUCUCGCAACCAAGAACAACAUGUUGCUUAUGUAUGGUCAGAUCAGGUGUUGAAAAUGGAAGAUGAAGUUCAAUGAAGCAAGCAUACCCCUCCUGAAGAGUUAAUCUUGUCUUUAGAUGGCAUGUACUGGAUGAAGUCUCCAUAAAUUGUUCUGAUUUCACAUAUUGGACUUGAACAGUGACUAUGGUCCAAGACAACUAAAUCAUCUAAAGGCUGUCUUCUCCAUUGAGCAAAGCUGAAAUAACAGGGUGUAGUGACAUCAACUCUUUGAAGAUCUUGGAUAUAAUUUAAUACUGUAUCUUCUCUGGGCACUAUGAAUGGUGGUUGGUUUACUUUGUAAAAGCUCUUCUAUUGAUAUAUAUUGUGAACAAUUGUGUGGUUAGAGACAGUUCAUGAUGUUGCAGUGCUAGCACAAUAAAUCUAUUUUUAAUCCUUACCUUUUAAUUCUGCAUCUCCCAUCAUGCCUCAAUAGCUUAUUCUUUUUCCCAUGGACACCCCCUUCUGACACAAAGACGUGUUCAGAAUCAUUGGGGCAGAUUUAUUAAUCUUGUCUAAAACUUGGACAGUGUAGACUUCAGUAUGAAGAUACACCAACAUUUCUAUGGUGGCUUGAGCUGUAUGAUAAAAUUUGAAACUUUUGUAUAACUUUAUACAACCUGUUGGUUGCCCUACUUAAGCUAGAUGUUGUGCCAUCUAAGUUAUGCAGUUUUGGUGCUCAAUGUUGUAUUUCACCUCUACUUUCAGCUAAGCCUUGCUGAGCGACUAGAACACUGAUGCCACUGUAUGCCAGUUUUUUCUAUGCAAAUUAAGCAGUAAUUCUGGCGAUUUUGAAAUCAUAAAUGCCAUACUGUCUUGUUUCAGGCCAAGUUAGCCAUUGGCUUCUCUGAACUAUGGCUUGAUUCUCCUUUUUCAUUAACUGUCUAUUUCUUGCAAAACCAAAGUUCUCAUUAGAGACAGUCGGGGAGUAAAAAAAUAGUUCUCAAUGGAAAAGCUUUCUUUUCUCUGAUGGGACCUGCUCCAAUAAAUGGAUGUCUCACAGACAGAGGUGAGAAUAUUACCUAUUAGCUACUAUAAUACUGUAGCCAAUUUAAAAGACUAUUGUAUAAUCCCGCCCCCUAUGGAUGAGAACAUAACUACUAUAAUACGUCAC